GUGCUUCAGGCGCAAUGGGAUUUGGUGCGCAAUCAGGAGGUUCAGGUGGUUCAAGUGCAAUGGGAUUUGGUGCGCAAUCAGGAGGUUCAGGUGAUUCAGGUGCAAUGGGAUUUGGUGCGCAAUCAGGAGGUUCAGGUGGUUCUGGUGCAAUGGGAUUUGGUGCGCAAUCAGGAGGUUUAGGUGCAAUGGGAGUUUCAGGUGCAGUGGGAGCUGGUGGUCAAUCAGGAGCUUCAGGUGAAUCCGGAGCAUGGGGAUUUGGUGUGGAUUCAGGACGUGCAGGUGGUUCAGGUGCAAUGGGAUUUGGUGCGCAAUCAGGAGGUUCAGGUGGUUCAAGUGCAAUGGGAUUUGGUGCGCAAUCAGGAGGUUCAGGUGGUUCAGGUGCAAAUGGGAUUUGGUGCGCAAUCAGGAGGUUCAGGUAUGUAGUGGUUCAAGUGCAAUGGGAUUUGGUGCGCAAUCAGGAGGUUCAGGUGGUUCAGGUGUCAAUGGGAUUUGGUGCGCAAUCAGGAGGUUCAGGUGGUUCAAGUGCAAUGGGAUUUGGUGCGCAAUCAGGAGGUUCAGGUGGUUCAGGUGCAAUGGGAUUUGGUGCGCAAUCAGGAGGUUCAGGUGGUUCAAGUGCAAUGGGAUUUGGUGCGCAAUCAGGAGGUUCAGGUGGUUCAGGUGCAAUGGGAUUUGGUGCGCAAUCAGGAGGUUCAGGUGCAAUCGGAGCUUCAGGUGCAAUGGGAGCUGGUGCUCAAUCAGGAGCUUCAGGUGAAUCCGGUGCAUGGGGAUUUGGUGUGGAUUCAGGAAGUUCAGGUGGUUCAGGUGCAAUGGGAUUUGGUGCGCAAUCAGGAGGUUCAGGUGGUUCAGGUGCAUGGGGAUUUGGUGUGGAUUUAGGACGUUCAGGUGGUUCAGCUGCAAUGGGAGUUGGUGCGAAAUCAGCAGUUUCAGGUGGUUCAGGUUCAUGGGGAUAUGGUGUGGAUUCAGGACGUUCAGGUGGUUCAGGUGCAUGGAAAUUUGGCGCCGAUUCAGGACAUUCAGGUGGUUUAGGUUCAUGGAAAUUUGGUGCGGAUACAGGACGUUCAGGUGGUUCAGGUUCAUGGAAAUUUGGUGCGGAUACAGGACGUUCAGGUGGCUCGAAUGCAUGGGGAUUUGGUGCGAAUUCAGGACAUUCAGGUGGUUCAGGUGCAUGGAAAUUUGGUGCGGAUACAGGACUUUCAGGUGGUUCAGGUGCAUGGAAAUUUGGUGCGGAUACAGGACUUUCAG